AUGGCCAGAACCAAACAAGGAAAACCAAGCAAUAACAAAUUCAGUCUUUCACCUCAAAGUAUGUGCAAUGACUCCUUGGAAAACAAAAAACAAAUUUACAAAAACCAAUAAAAAAGGAAACACAAAUUCAGACCUGGAACUGUCUCUCUGAGAGAAAUCAGAAAAUAUCAAUCAUCCACUCAACUCCUGAUUAGGAAACUGCCAUUCUAAAGACUAGUGAGAGAAGUGUCAUAGAGAUCUGAGAAAGAUUUCAGAUUUACCCAAUCUGCCCUUUAUGCUUUACAGGAAGCCACAGAAGGAUUCAUUACUCAUCUAUUUGAAGAUGCCAACCUGUGUUCUCAUCACGCGAAGAGGGUAACCUUACUCACUCGAGACUUGCAAUUGGCCAUCAGAAUCUAAGGAAUAGAAUAUUGA